AUGAUUAGCCCUCACCAAUCGACUGACACUGCUCCUAUAUCCAACACGCCAUGCACCUCUCCCAGGGGCACUGCUCGGGGGUUUUACCAAUGUGGAGUCUGCAAGAAAGAAUAUGGCCGAGCGGAUCAUCUCAUCCGUCAUGUCCGAUCUCAUACUGCGGAUAAACCGUUCAGCUGUGAGAUAUGUGGCAAGGGGUUCGGAAGAAUUGAUCUUCUUCGACGACAUGCCCAGGGUCAUACCUCUGCGCAUAGCCAUAAUAGGCCCAAUCUACUCCCAAGGAUCAGAGGACGUGUAUCACAGGCAUGCAAGAGCUGUGCGGCGUCCAAGCUCAAGUGUGACGAUGAGAAACCAUGUCGACGAUGUUCGCGGCGAAAUCAGACCUGUCAAUGGUCUCAGGGGGAUGACCUUAACGACUCGGCCCACGAACAAGAAAUUUGGCCUACCGAUCAAUCGGAGGAGGGCCAAAAUGGAGCGAGUGUCAGCUCCCUCCAAUACGAAAGCCUCAACCAAGAAAUGGAAGGUUUGAAUGCGAUUCAACUGAUGGAAUAUGAUCAGUUGAAUGUGUAUGGCGGUAUGAACUUUGAGCUAGGGUUGACGGACGAAGAUCUCGAAUUCUUGGACUCCUUAGAUAGAAUGGGCCCCCCUCAACGGCCUCGGGUUAUUGAAGAACAACCGGCUCAGCGAGGUAUCCCGACUGGCUCAGAGUUUCCCAGCCACGUCGAGACAAAUCCUCUCCACAAUUCCCCUUUAUCGCAUUGGACUCCCCGUGCAGAAGACAAUGCGUACAUGGACCAGCACUAUCUGUCCGUGCCCAAGCACCUUGACACUCCGGAAUCUAUAGAUGUCUCCAGGCCACGUAUCUUUGCAGAGCCCCUGUCAAAAGAGAGCCGAGAUGCGGCAUUUGCAUUGGUUGUCAAAAUGUGUCAGCAAAAGGCCUUGAAUCGAAUCAUGCAGUGCUUCCCAAGCGCAGAGCUCCUGGAUAGCCUGAUUCAAGUUUUCUUUACACAACAGAGAUCCAACAUUGACAUUUUCAUUCAUGAGUCAACCAUGCAACUGAAUCAGGAAAGCCCAGAGAUGAUUUUAACUCUCGCCGCCGCGGGAGCAGUUCGCUCCGACGUGGAGGCAAUCCAGAGACUUGGCUAUGCUAUGAUGGAGGUAGCUCGGCUCCAAGUAAAUGGCAAGUAUGAAGACAACAAUAUUCUAACUCGCGAUUUGAAACAACAACAAGAAUAUGCCCUAAUCCUUCAAAUUGGACUUUGGAGUGGUGACAAACGGCGCGUUGAAAUUGCCGAGAGUUUCGCGCAGCCAGUCGUGACAAUGCUGCGACGAGCCUCGCGCUUCAAAUAUGAAGCAUAUUCCACCAUCAUUCCCACUGUGACCGAUGACGAUGCAACUCUUGAACGCAAAUGGCGCGAAUGGGUAGAGCACGAGUCCUUCAAAAGACUUGCUCACCACAUGUUCAUUCAUGACGCCCAGGCAUCUAUUUUGCGAUCCAUAAAUCCACUUAUGUCACACAUGGAGCUCGAUCUCCCUAUUCCCUUCUCACGCAAACUUUGGGAUGCGAAGACCGCCGCUCAGUGGAGAUCUGUAUAUCUCCAAGAGGUUCAAAAAACGAUAUCUCCCAUGCCAUCCCUGGCCACCACCCUGCAAAAUAUCUCCUGUCUCAGCCGCUUCCCUCGUCAUGGAGAUUUUCCAUUGGCUGCACUAGCAAGUGUCCACGGCAUAUCAACGAUGAUAGCAAACUGCAACCAAACACGUCACGGACCAUCCGGCCAGUGGAGCGCGAUGGUCAUGAAUUUAUGGCAGCAAGAACUACUACAAGUUCUGGAACAAUUUGAGAUUGUUGCAGUUGAGCCUCUACAGCGCUUGGUACCGGCUAUUCGGCUGAUCUACCAAACCGUCUCACUUUCUUUAUACCUGCCACUGGGUAUCCUUGAGACUUUUUCAGGGAAAGACGGUGAAAAACGGUCGUCUGAUAUAUACAAAUCAUUUAUUCAACCAAUCAGUGCUGCAAAUAUGAGACAAGCCAGCUGGCAUGCUGGCCAGGUGCUGCGCAUCGCAAGAUCUAUACCUCCUGGGUCACUCACUGAUUUUUGUGCUACUUGUCUCUACUUUUCUGCGCUUGCAUUAUGGUCCUUGAGCACCAUAUUCUCAUCUAACGGUCUGGCUUCAGGUGUCGGAAAUGAUAAUGAUGAAACAGUGUUUCUCUUGGAUGGCGAAAGUGACAGCGCUGCGCUACGUCGAUUCACACUAUCUGGGCUGGGAGCCCCGGCUUUAUCAUCUCCUAACCGACAUGUACCUUUGAAUGAUCGAGCGGCGGUCAUGCGUUUCUUUCAACAGUUGCUAGGCUUGAAGUAUCGAGGAGGUGCCUCCGAUCAGCAAACGAGAGCUUUGAAUAAUGCGUUCUCCGUACUAGGAAAUACUAAUUCCACGACCAUUGGAGGGCAGCGGAAGAGAAAAAAUCCUGAAAUUUGA